AUGUCCAGCCACUCCUUCAUCCAUACACCCACUCCUUCAUCCAUACACCCACCCCUUCAUCCAUACACCCACUCCUUCAUCCAUACAGCCACUCCUUCAUCCAUACAGCCACUCCUUCAUCCAUACACCCACUCCUUCAUCCAUACAGCCACUCCUUCAUCCAUACAGCCACUCCUUCAUCCAUACAGCCACUCCUUCAUCCAUACAGCCGCUCCUUCAUCAAUACAGCCACUCCUUCAUCAAUACAGCCACUCCUUCAUCCAUACACCCACUCCUUCAUCCAUACAGCCACUCCUUCAUCCAUACACCCACUCCUUCAUCCAUACACCCACUCCUUCAUCCAUACACCCACUCCUUCAUCCAUACACCCACUCCUUCAUCCAUACACCCACUCCUUCAUCCAUACACCCACUCCUUCAUCCAUACACCCACUCCUUCAUCCAUACACCCACUCCUUCAUCCAUACACCCAAUCCUUCAUCAUUCAGCCGCUCCUUCAUCCAUACAGCCACUCCUUCAUCAAUACAGCCACUCCUUCAUCCAUACACCCACUCCUACAUCCAUACAGCCACUCCUUCAUCCAUACACCCACUCCUUCAUCCAUACACCCACUCCUUCAUCCAUACACCCACUCCUUCAUCCAUACACCCACUCCUUCAUCCAUACACCCACUCCUUCAUCCAUACAGCCACUCCUUCAUCCAUACACCCACUCCUUCAUCCAUACACCCACUCCUUCAUCCAUACAGCCACUCCUUCAUCCAUACAGCCACUCCUUCAUCAAUGCACCCACUCCUUCAACCAUACAGCCACUCCUUCAUCCAUACAGCCACUCCUUCAUCCAUACAGCCACUCCUUCAUCCUUACACCCACUCCUUCAUCCAUACAGCCACUCCUUCAUCCAUACACCCACUCCUUCAUCCAUACAGCCACUCCUUCAUCCAUACACCCACUCCUCCCCUCUCACGACCACAACUCCACCCAUACACCCACUCCUCUAUCCCUACACCCACUCCUCCAUCCAUACGCCCACUCCACCCUUCUCACGCUCACUUCCCCCGUCUCACACCUACUCCACCCCUCUCACACCCACUCCUCCAUUCCUUCACCUAGUACUCCAUCCUCACACCCACUGCUCCUUUCUUACACCCACUCCUCCAUCCUUACACCCACUCCCCUAA